UGCAAACUAGCGCGAAAUUAUUUUAUUGCAUUUUAAAAUUUGUUACAUUUCUGCACGAAACUAAUUUCGUAUAUAUUUGCCAGCGAUUUGGCUGAAACAAAUAGAAAGCAACUGAGUUGCAAGCCGAAAACAACCCAAAUUUCAAGAUGCGUUCAUUUUUGAUCCUUUGCUCCGUCGUCUCUGCGACUUACGCCGCCAGUCUUGGCUACAACUAUGAAAGCAACAAUGGUCCAGCGCUCGGUGGUGGAUUAAGUGGUCCCAGCUACGGUGGUCAGGCCUUGAGCGGUCCCAGCUAUGGUGGUCAGGCUUUGAGCGGUCCCAGCUACGGCGGUCCAGCCAUCAGUGUGCCCAGCUUUGGUGGACAAGGUUUUGCUGGCCCCAGUUACAGUGGCCCAUCUGCUGGUGGUCUUAGCGCUCCAGCUGCUGCGCCCGCUCCCGCUCCCGUUGAACUUAACAAGGAAUUCUUCACCUACACCGCACCCGAACAUGAGUUCAAUGAUGCUGGUGAUGCCGGUGAUCUCGGUAACUCAUUGAAGAAGAACUUGCGUGUUAUCUUCAUUAAGGGACCUGAAAACUCUGGACUCGAAAACGCUGCUGUCCAAUUGGCUAAGUCGGCUGGCGAAGAACGCACUGCCAUCUAUGUGCUCAGCAAACAAGCUGACAUCGGCGAUUUGGCUAACCGUUUGCAAUCGCUCAACCACCGCAGCUCGCAGAAACCCGAAGUACACUUCGUCAAGUACCGUACCCCAGCUGAUGCUGAGAAUGCCAAGCAAGCUAUCCAGGCUCAAUACGAUGGUUUGGGCGGUAACACUAGUAGCCACAAUGGUGGUGUUGCACCAGUCUUGGACUUCGCCUCGAAGGCACCAGCUGCUCCAGCCGCACCUGCUGCUCAGCAAUACAGUGCUGGCGCUGGUGCUGGUGGCGCUGAAAAUGGUUACUUGCCACCCAACAAGCGCGUGUAAAUCGCAGCUCGGCGUGUUUAAAGUGUUAAAUGAAUGUGUUAGAAGAAUUUUUCUAGAACUAAUUAAGUAAUAUAUUAGCUUUAAUGACCCUGUACAAUUUUUUUAUAUAAAAAAGUUCCAAAAAAAACAUUGAAUUGUUAAUAAAUGUGUUUAAAAUAAUUCAAA